UGAUGCAAGAUGGCGGAAAACGCCAACAAACAGCUGACCGCGAAUUUUAGCGGUCAUAUUUGUAUACAACAACACCAAGUACAAUGAUAGCAACGUUAUUGAAUUAGGAAUAUUUGUAAAUGUUUGGAUUUGGAAAGAUGGACAACCUUGUAGAUAUGCUUGACCCAACAGCUGCCACGGAACUUCCUGAAAGCUUGCCACCAGAGGAAGAAGAAGGAAAUGUGGAAUAUAAGCUGAAACUGGUGAACCCAUCCGACUUCCGGUUCGAGCACCUGGUAACGCAGAUGAAAUGGAGGCUAGAGGAGGGAGAGGGGGAGGCCAUAUAUGAAUUAGGAGUGGAAGACAAUGGCAUUAUGGCUGGGCUGCAGGAUGUGGAAAUGGCGGCGUCAGUCAACACACUCAAGCGGAUGGCUGUCAGACUUGGUGCAUCGCUAACUGUGCUACGUGAGCGCACUGUAGAGGAGGAUGGUGAGAACUGUAUACGACGGAGGGCAUUAGAGAUACUUGUGAGGAAAGUUCCAGAUGACCAAGAGUUCCUGGACAUGCGUCUUGCUGUGCUGGGAAACGUUGAUGUAGGGAAGAGUACUCUGCUGGGGGUCCUGACUCAGGGACAGCUGGACAACGGAAGGGGACGGGCACGCCUCAACCUGUUCCGACAUCUGCAUGAAAUACAAUCAGGGAGAACAUCAAGCAUCAGUCAUGAGAUUAUUGGCUUUGACAGCUCAGGGGAGAUGGUCAACUAUAGUGGGUCCCGGUCUGUAGAAGAAAUCUGUGACAAGUCAACUAAGUUGAUUACUCUCAUUGAUCUUGCUGGACACCACAAGUACCUCAAGACCACCAUAUUUGGGCUGACAGGGAACUCCCCAGACUUUGCCAUGUUAAUCGUCAACGCCACAACAGGAAUCACUGGGACUACAAAGGAACAUCUAGGGUUUGCCCUUGCGCUGGGAGUGCCAGUGUUUGUGGUUGUCAGCAAGGUGGACCAGUGUCGUCACAUCCUUAUAGAGCGCACUGUCAAACAGCUGGAGAAGAUUCUCAAGUCUCCUGGUUGUAAGAAAAUACCUGUCCGGAUCCUGAAUGACGACGAUGCCAUCACAUGUGCAUCAAACUUUGACACUGAAAAGAUCACGCCUAUCUUUACCAUCUCAAGCGUGACAGGGAAGAAUCUGGAUCUGCUGAAGAUCUUCCUCAAUGUGUUGCCUCCACUCAAGAGCCGCAAAGAUCGAGAAAAGCUGGCCCAGGACAACACAGAAUUCCAGAUUGAUGACCGUUUCUCUGUGCCUGGUGUUGGAGGUGUUGUAGGCGGAACUAUAUUGAGAGGAUCUAUACGAGAAGGGGACAUGGUUUUGUUAGGACCAUCUGAAAAUGGAGAAUUCCGUGAGGUCAAAGUUAGAACUGUUCACCGAAACCGGUUGCCAUGCAGACUUAUCCAAGCAGGACAGACAGCAACAGUUGCACUUCAAGAUGUUGAGAAGGAGCAGCUAAGAAAAGGGAUGGUGCUAUUGAGUCCUGAUUCUGAGCAGUACGCCUGUCGAGAGUUCGAGGCUGACAUUUAUGUGCUGUUCCACUCUAGUCGUAUCUCAGUGGGGUUCCAGACAACCAUCCAUAUAGGAACCGUGUGCCAGACUGCCGUCAUAGUCAAAAUGGACAGGCAAAACAUACGUACUAAUGAAAAAGCCCGAGUGAUAUUCCGUCUCUUCAAACACGUGGAGUACAUUCGACCUGGGUCCAGGCUGCUGUUCCGAGAUGGCAAGUCUAAAGGAAUGGGAGAAGUGAUCAAACCGCUUCCCCUUGAGCCUAUAGAAAGAUGAAUCUUCCAAGCAAGAUGCAGUAAAAACACUAAAUGCUGACUAGGUCUAGUACAGGCCCGGAUAGCCCAGAUCACGAUGUUCUACGAUGUGCUUCGAUCCAGCUAAUGAGUGAACUUUUUCACCUUUUAUUUACCACCUGUUGUCAUGUUAUCAGGAGAAAAGUUUUAUUAUAACUAUUUGUUGACAUUGUUAUUGUCUCAACUAUAUAUGUUGGUUUGACCGUGUGAGUUUUGUGUUUAUAUUUUUAGAUCUUAUUUAAACACUUUUUAACACUUUUUAAUACCAUUCAUCACCUGUUCAUGACUUAUCACUCAAUGAAGACUCAUGAAAUCUUACAUCAUGCCAUCGUAGACUUGUGAGAGAAAAAAGCGAUAUCACUUGCGCACAAAUUUACUAAAUCAUGCAGGUUUUCUGGAAGUCUUGCAUCUAAGUAACAACACAUGUUUUGUCAUUUUACACUACGGUCAAUAAUCUAACUUUUCUGAGAGGCAUUUAGAAGUUGGAUCAAAAAGGAAAGAUGACAAUAUAUGGAUGAACAAUUUCUUUAUGAUAGUGAGAGCGACGUUUCAGUGAAGGUUCUAAAGAACUUGUUCAUCCAUACAUUGUCAACUUUCCUUGUCAAUAAUCUAGUCUUUGAUUGUUUGAACUAUAAUGAUUCAUUUCCAUAUGCUUUUAUUUAAUGUGUUGCAGUUGUAACCACCUUGACUUAGAAACAUAUUCUUGGUUAUUUAGUAUGUUUGUCAAGAUCAACUAUACAGUGAGACCCCAGAUACCCAGACACAUUCAUUUUUGCUGAAUAACUGAACAUCCUGAUACUAGUAUCUGGAUUUCUACCAUCCAGGCUGUGGUGUUAAAACGGUAGUGACAAUACACUUCUGGGUUGAAAUCACUUCCAAACCAGCAUGGUCAUUUUGAUUUGCCAAUAACAGUUCACUCAGUGUCAGGCCUACCAAUCACCACCAAUACCCUGCUGACCGGUCAUUAAUCCGGAUUAGCAGACCUUGUUUC